AAUAGCUGUCUCGUGAUAUCCCAUUGGUUUUCAAUCAGGCAUAACGGCGGCCACCUAUAAAACUUUUACAAAUAUGGACAAUACAGAAUUACUUUGAGAAAUAGCCAGUCGGUGUUAACAAAAAGUCUAAAUCUCUGCUGUAUGGAUACAGUGACAAUGUUUUUGAGGUUAGCAGUUUUCGCCCUUGUUGCGAAAAGUCUCGAUGCCUACUCUAGCUACAGGGACAACAUUCCAAACGGAUACAAUGUAACCCAUCCUUGUGACAGCAGCAUGACAUGGAACGGAGUCGGGCAUGAGAAUGCCAUGGGUGGGGGCGCCAGAAAUCCGUUUGGGCUGGACUUUAAAGCAAACAACGCGGUUUGGGACGCAGCAUUUUGCCAGAAGGACUCGGAUGGAGACGGACGGACGAACGGAGAAGAAUUGGGGGACCCUAACUGUGUGUGGAUGAAGGGGUCGGUCCCUCAGGUUAAAACUGGGAUCACGCAUCCGGGUGUUUGUGAACCAAUCGGUAGCACCAAAUGCACUGGAAAGAAUGCGUUUGUAAAUUGCCAAAAUACCGGAAAAUUUGUGUGCCCCGCUAUAGAAAGAACUGACACGUUGAAGUUCGAGUACCGUUUUCCAAGAACUGCUGUUCCGACCCAAGAGACCACGUACAUGUGCAUGAACAUCCAACUACCCGCGAACAGUACCUACCACCUGAUUGCUAGUGAACCAAUCAUCGACAACAUUAACAUCAUGCAUCACAUAAUCGUCUAUGGAUGCCCGGGCCUUGAAAACGCACCUGGUCCGCUGAACAAACCGGCACCGUGUGGCGCAAUGAAGGCCCAAUGCACGGAAAUGAUUUCCCUAUGGGCAUUUGGUACCCACGGGAGCUGUUUCAACGAGAACAUGGGCUUCAAGGUCGGUGCUGGAGGACUGAAGUAUGCAAUCAUGGAGUUCCACUGGAACAAUCCAAUGUUAAUUUCAACGUACACAGACAGUUCUGGCUACGCAUUUUAUAUGACCCCUAACCUCCGCCAAUACAACGCGGGAGUGCUCAUGAUUGGUCAGAAUUACCUACAGAUCCCGCCCUUCGCCACCGGUCAUGUUGAAAGUGGCAGCUGUACCGGGAGCUGCAGUCGACAGAUCAUGACGAGCGAGAUCUACUUGACCGAAGUGACCAAUCACAUGCAUGGAUUAGGGAAGUCAAUGAUUACAGAGUUGAAGAGGAACGGAACAAGGGUCCAGUAUCUGGCAAAGGACGACGUCUUCGACUACAACGCCCCAGUGACCCAUAAUUACGACGUGCCGGUCAUGAUACAUCCAGGAGACGAGAUGAAGACUACAUGCGUGUAUCAGUCGGUAAAACGAAACUUGACCACGUUCUAUGGGGAAGGCACGCAGGAAGAAAUGUGUUUCUCCUUCCUUAUCUACUACCCGAUGGAAAGCAUGUCAUCUAGGAUGUGCCAAUCCUGGAAGAGUAUGGACUUUUGCGAAUGGGCAUUGACUCCCGUGAAGAGAGGAUGCAACUUUACGCAGUUGUCCGAUCCAAACUCUAAAUAUACGGAAAUAAAUAAAAUGAUAGCUGAGAAGUGUACCCCUUUUGUGUGCCGCCAGGAGUGCUUCGCUCUCCGGAAGGAGCUUCAGAAGGACCCGUGUUUCCAAGGCGACACUCACGACCUCUACCGACGCUUUGCCUUGUAUAACAAUCAAACAAAAUCGGAGGUGACCUACUUUUUUGCCCAACUGGAUUCGUGCGAUUGGGAAAUGUGGGAAGAAGGUCGCGGUCAUGAUAAUGGAGAUCAUGGCGGAAAAGUGUCAGGUGUCGCCGCGUCUGUAGCGACCGCAUUUACUUCCGUCCUCGUUCCGCUUUUGUCCGCGCUGUAUUUGUAGACGUAUUUGAUGUUGGGAACACUUGGCUGAAGGUUGCAGUACGUCGUUGACAAAUUGGAGAACUUUAUCGUCCCGCAGUUUUGAAUUAUAUUAACUUUAAAGGCUUAUAACAUUUACAAUACGAUAUGUACGUGUUUUUGGUAGAUACAAUACAUUGUAAUGAUAAUAAUUCAAGUGGCAUACAUAUAUGAGCAUUUAAACAAGCAAACAACUUAUAAACGUCUUUUACUGAACACAAUAUUAGUUGUUGCAGCAUAACAACACAAUUGAAAUAUAUUUUAAAUUAAUUUUACGUCUGCAUUUAUAACAAAACACAACUCUGGAUUGUCAAGCGAGCGUCAUCAACACACCAAUAACGUUCAGUCAAGCUGGUCUAUUUAUCGUCGUUUUUGUUCCUACAUACCUGCAUUUAAGCCUCGCUCAAUAAAACGAGGGUUUAAUGCAUCUGCGUAAAGUGUCGUCCCAGAUUAGCCUAUGAAGUUCAUACAGGCUAAUCAGGGACGACACAUUCCGCUUUUAUUGCAUUUUUCAUUUUAAUGAAGACUCCACAUCAAGAAAAUCCAGUUAAAGCGCAAAGAUUCGUCCUAGAUUAGCCUGGAACGAAUUAGCAUGCAACCCUCUUUUCAUAGAGCGCGGCUCAUUGAGAAUACUUCAGAUUAGACGUAGUAGUGAUUAGACGUAGUCUGUGCACGGCCGUGAUAAUAUCAAACAAACACGAUGUCAAUAAUUCUUGUCUUGAACAGUCAUCUGUAUUUUUAUUUAGUAAAAAAUACAAAUAUAUGUUUCGUUUAUUAAAAUAAGCUAACAUGCCAAAUGCUUUUAUGACUAUUGAAAUAAUUGAUCUUAUGAUAGCGAUCCUCUCUUGUUUUCAAAUAAAUGAAAAUGAAAACAUCA